AGUUAUGCUUUCAAAAUGGCGGCGUCCGUGAGGUUACUGUUGUGUACAGCUUUCAGGCGGUCCUCCUGUCGCCCCUUCUCUCUCACGGCCGGUGUUCCAGCCGGUAGCAAGUGGAGGGCGGAGAAUAAUUUGGCCCGCAGCGGGACAGAGUAUGGCCCCCUGACCGAUCUGCCAGACUGGUCCUUUGCAGACGGUCGUCCAGCACCCCUAAUGAAAGGACAGGAGCGAAGGAACAAGGAGAGGGAAGAGUUUGCGAGACGUGUGGUGGCUCUUAGCAAAGAGGUGGACAGAGGGAUGCAGCGGUGGAGGGAGAGGAAGGAAGAAGAGAAGGCGAUGGAUGAGAAAAAGAAGUCAAAUCUUCUCAAACCCAAAGGCAACCUUCUUUUAAAAAAGAAUAAAUAA